AUGGGCUGGCUUGAAGAUUCAUUAGUGAAGCUAAAAAAUAAUCGGCCCAUUUUCUGAGAUUGGGCAAGGUUUAUAGAUUCAAUAGACCCAAUUGAGCCUCAUCAAUAUUACAGAAUCCUCCAAGAAUAUCUCUCAACUCGCACAUACUUAAUUGGUGAUGAAAUAUUCCCUGAGGAUCUUUAUCUUGUCAAUAAACUCAAACAAAUCCCAACGUUCACCAAAGUUCUAUGUGGGACUAAAAAACCAGAACAUUUGUGUAGGUGGUUUAACCAAGUAUUUUCCACCUUUCCAGAUGAAAAACACGAAUACUAUUUAAAGCAUAGCAAUGUAAUCGACAAUCGUUUAAUAAAAGCUAUUAGAGAAGGUGACUAUUCGAAGUUCGAAAUGCUUCUAGAUCUGAUUGACGUUAAUGCCAAAGAAAGUGAAUCAGGUCCAAGGCCUAUCCAUAUUGCAUGUGAAACUGGAAAUUUUGAGAUCUUAGUGAAACUGUUACAAAAAGGGGCCAGUAUUGAAACAAAAGAUGAUGAAGGACUUACUCCUAUUUUCUAUGCAAUUCAAAAUGAUCAUAAAGAGAUAGUUGAAUAUCUAAUUGCAAACGGUGCUAAUAUUAACCAUAUUGAAUACCUUAAAAUAAAACUUAUUACAGGUUGGCUUGCUUGCCUAUAGGUAACGCAGCCACCAAGAAUCCAGCAGCGGAUUCACCAUCUUUGCGACGUCGACAGGGAGACGCUAGUUGGGAUGAUUAAUUUUGUGAGUAUAGGCUCUUGCACCACCUUUUCUCUUCUUCACCACCUGAUUCCAUGGCGGCUGCGAAGUAAGGCUCUAUGCUCUCUCUCCUCCUUGUCUUGUCUUGUCUUGUCUUGUCUUGUCUGUUCAAGUGCUGAGUGGGAAGGCUAUGGACUUCUAAAGCUUGCUGCAUGGGCUUCUCGAAGGUUGUUCGCCUAAAAACCCAAAAAAGAAAAAAUUCAAAGCCUAAAUUGUAAUUCUCAGUUCACGCUGGGCUUUCCCUUUCCAACUCUGAAUCCACCCUUUCCCUCGAGGUAAAAUCCAAUUUUAAAAAGCGGACUAGGGCUAGGCUCUGUGAUAUAAUUAUGUGCUCGAGGUUGCAUUGCCAAGAGACGUCAUAUUUAAUUAUAACUAUAUCGAAGACCAAAAAAGAAGCUUAUUAUAUUGGACAGCAAGUCUAGGAAAAAUUGAGUACAUUGAUAAACUUUUAGAAAAGAACUGUGAUCCUAAUAUUCAAACCAGACUAGGCAGAACUUGUUUAAGCAAAGCAGCAUGAAAUGGGAAUUUAGACGUCUUAAAAAGGCUUCUUAAAGUUCCUAGUAUUGAUGUAGACAUUCCUGAUUCUAAAGGAAGAACUGCACUGCAUAAUGCGAUCUGGGGACCUGCUGGAGGUAGGUCAGGGAAAAAGAUGGCAGAAACAGAAGGUGAUAGUCCUGAAUGCGCUAAGCUUUUGAUUGAAGCUGGAGCUAAUAUUGAAGUCGAAGACAAUGCUGGAAAUACCCCAAUUUGUAUAGCCUGCUCCACUUAUGCAUUGGAUUCAUUAAAGUUAUUAAUAGAGUGUGGUGCAGAUAAAUUUCAUGAAAGCAAAGAUGGAUACUCACCUUUGCACCAAGCUUUAGCAAGAGGAAACAUUGAGUGUGCUGAAAUUUUAAUUCAAAAUGGAGUUGAUCCAAAUCAGAAAAGCAAAGGAGGAAGGAGUGGCUUAGAAGUGUCAAUUCAAUUCGGACAAGAUGAGUGUGUUGCUUUUUUGUUGGAGUUUAAAAUAGAUUGCUCUCAAAAAGAGGUUGAAUAUUGCAUGAAAUAUGGAAGCCAAAUAAGUCUUGGGAUGCUUAUUGAUUAUUAUGGAAAAUGGCAAGGGAUGGUUGAAUAUUGUUUAUUGGAAGGGAAUGAUAAUUGUGCUAUGUGGAUGCUGGAAAAUAUUGAAAGUUUGAGUCUUGAAGAAUUAAAAACAGCUUUUAAGAGAAAUGAGAAGAUUAUUAAAAUGGCCUUGGAAAAAUGAAAAGGAACACUUCCAAAAGAAAUUUUGGAACUUGGAUUGGAGUAUGAAUUUGAUGUUUCAAAAAUUUUGGCUAAAGUAAAGCCAUCCUUGAAAGCUUUACAUACAGCAAUUAUUAAAGGAAAAGAAGAAAUUGCAAUAGAUAUGAUAAAACACUACCCAAAACUUCUGCAAAAACUUAACCCUCUCACAGGGAGAACUGCCCUUCAUUUAGCUGCAGAGCAUGGCUUUUGCAAUUUGGCAGCUGCCUUAAUAAGCUCUGCUCCCAACCCUUGUGAAUACAUCAACUUGCUUGACACUCAGGGGCUUUCUGCAAUGAUUAUUGCAGAAAUCCACAAAUUCCACUAUUUUACCGAACUUUUAAAAGACCUCUAUUCACAAGUCUCCAACAGAGAAAUCAUUACACACAUAAAAAGCAUUGAAUACGAAGAAACUGAUGAAGAAAUCCCUAUUCACCCAUAUGCAAACAUCGAAAUGCCAACCGAAUACUUUGAUAUCAAUAUAGAGCUUAAAGAUAUACCCAGCACAGAACUUAUAUGGGUUGAUACUGUUGAAAAGCUUGAAAGAAUGAAAGAAUAUUUGCAAGAAAUAAAAGUUAUUGGAAUUGAUCUUGAAUAUUUCACGUUUGCAUAUAGAAAAGGCUGCAUUUCUUUAGUUCAAAUAUCAAGCGGAGCCAAAGAUUUUGUAGUGGACCCUCUUAUAAAUAGAAAAAACGUAGGGGAAUAUUUGAAAGUUUUGAUGAGAGACCCAGGAAAAGUUAAAGUCCUUCAUGGUGCAGAUUCUGAUUUAAUGUGGCUUCAGAAUGAUUUUCUAGCGUAUGCUAUCAAUGUUUUUGAUACAGCUAGAGCAUACAGGAUUAUUAAAGGUGACGCUGAUCCUCCUUCCUUAGCAAUUCUGCUAUAUGUUUAUUUGAAUGUAAAAGCAGAUAAAACUUUUCAAGUGGCAGAUUGGAGAAUAAGACCGUUGCCUCAGCCUAUGAUGGAAUAUGCUAGAACAGAUGCACAUUAUCUUCCAGAACUUUAUCAAAAAUUAAUUGCACAGAUGAGCUCCAAAAAUUUUGAAGAGUUAGCAAAAAUGUGUAAUAGCUUAUGCCUUAGAAAUCCAACAAGCAAAUAUUAUAAAUUAAAUAUAUUAAAUUGUGGAUAA